AUGUCGUUCAGUGAGUUGGAUGAUUUUGCGGAAUAUCUCACAAGGACAUCACAGUUGACGCCAUCGUUAAAGCAAGGAACCAAUGAAUUCGACGAGUACGAUGAAGAUGAACAUGUGUCUGAUAAUGCAUGGGAAGAAAGCGGCAAAUUCGAAGGAGAUCUCAUAUUAAACGAGCGUCAGCGACGGUUGAUUGUACAAAAUGUAGCAGAGCAAGGACUAGCACGAAAUGGAAUUAUAGAUGCUGCCAAGAGGUGGCCUAAUAACGAGGUUAUUUAUGCCAUUCAAGUGGAACAUUUCUCUAAUGAUCAAGUGCAAGCUAUUCUGGAUGGAAUAGAUGAUUUAGCACGUGCAUCAUGCGUCAAGUUCCGUCGGUACAGACAUGGCGAUCGUGAUGCAGUUGUCAUACAGGGUAAUCGAAGGGGCUGUUUCUCUCAAGUUGGCUAUCAAGGUGGAUUCCAGGCUUUGAAUUUAAACAGUCGUCACCCAGUCGGACGCGGCUGCUUUCGACAUGGUACCGUCGUACAUGAACUUCUUCAUUCCCUCGGAUUUUACCACAUGCAGAGUAGCCCCGACAGAGAUGAUUAUGUCGAUAUUGUAUGGGAUAACAUUUUAAAAUCAUCGAGGCACAAUUUUCGAAAAUACAAUACAUUCACUGUAACAGAUUUCGGCGUAGGGUACGAUUACGAUAGUGUCUUGCAUUAUAGCCGAAAUGCUUUCUCCAUCAAUGGCAAGGCCACGAUUGUGCCAAAACAGAUGGGUGCUGAAAUCGGACAAAGACUGGGAUUGUCUGACAAAGACACUCAAAAACUGAAUAAAAUGUAUUGUGAUGCUGAUUCGGACAAUGUACAAUCUAUUGGUGAUUCUCCUCAAAAAAGUAAAAAGAAGAGCACUAAGAAUAAACCAUUUGAUGGUCACGGUUUAGGAUACCACAAAGGUACAGCUGUGGUUUUCAAACUAUCACCAGAAGCCGAAACUUAUAAAUUAGUUGAUGUGCCAAAUUCUCAUGUAUUUGAUUAUUUUAGUAAACGGCCACAAAUCCCGUCAUCGGUAGAAAAUGAAGACUUUCAUAAUGGUAAGAAAAUAGCGUAUUCGUAUAGGACACCUGAACCAAUAAUUGCACAAGAAUACAAAGAUGAUAUAAGUUAUGAUCCAACGUUAAAUGAUUUGCGUAAAAAAGAAUUCAAUGAACAGAUUCAGUUCGCGAUGCCAGAUAUAAAUCAAGCGAAUGUCGGAAAACCUAGUAAAGUACUUAACAAAGCGAAUUCACCAACGGAAUCAUUACAUGAAACUCAAGAUGUUGAAGAAAACCCGGAAUUGAUAAAAGCAUUUGACAGAUUGCGAAGAUAA